AUCUGUACAAAAAAAACCUUAUCCAACAAUUUCACUUCACAUCAUCAUCAUCUCAACCUCACCAAAUUCUGCAAAUUUCUUCAAACAUUGAGAACAUCAAAAUUAAAAUUAAACCUUAAAAACAUCAAAAUGCAACAACACUAACAAAAACAACAAUGGCUUUCUCAAACAACAACCUUAAACUAUCCUCAGAACUUCAAUUCAACAAUUCAUCAUCAUCAUCAUUACCAUUCUCACUCAUCACUCUCUCUCGCUCUUCUUUCACUCUAUCUCAUAAUCACUUUCUCUCUCAUCCCAAAAAACCCUCAUUUCCUUCUCUCACUACUUUCUCUUCCCUCAAAACAACCCACCAGUCUUCUCCCAACCCAACUCCACCAUGGCUCACAAAAAAUCCAUCUUCUCCCAAAAGGGUCACUGAAUCUCCUAUCAAAGAUGACCCUUUUCAACCACAGCCUCAAAAACCCAAAAAUCCUGUUGAAAGAAUCGUUUUUAGGUUAAGAAACCUAGGUUUAGUAGAAGAAGAAGAUGAACAAGAAGAAAAAGUUAAAGAAGAAGUAGUUAAGUUGAGUGCAUUGAAAGUUACUGGUGAUGAGAAGUUAAGUGAAUUGUUGAAGAUAAAAUGGGUUCGUCCUGAUGUUUUAUUGGAUGAGGAAGAUGAAGAUGAGAAAAUGGUGGUUCCAUGGAAGAGAGAGGAAGAGAGAGAAAUGAGGAGUAUUGAUAGUGGUGGUGGAAUUAAAGAAGAGGGGUUUAAGAAGAGGACAUUAAAGGCACCAUCUUUAGCUGAAUUGACACUUGAGGAUGAAUUGUUGAGGAGGUUGAGGAGAGAGGGUAUGCAUUUGAGAGAAAGGGUUAGUGUACCCAAAGCUGGAUUGACACAAGAGGUUAUGGAGAAGAUUCAUGAGAGCUGGAGGAAAAAGGAGUUGGUUAGGCUUAAGUUUCAUGAAGAGCUUGCUAAGAAUAUGAGGAUUGCUCAUCAGAUUGUUGAGCGCCGAACAGGAGGGUUGGUUACAUGGAGAGCGGGAAGUGUUAUGAUCGUGUAUCGUGGUAAAAAUUACCAAGGUCCUGCUUCCCCGGAACUCGAUGUAAAGGAAGGUGAUGGUUUUUUCGUUCCGGAUGUCUCAUCGGGAAGUUUGUCGAAAACAAAAGACAGUAAUGCAACCUCAUCCCUCGAAAAUAGUGAGCAAGUUGGGAGGAACGUCGAACUGCCUGAGAAAAUGACAGAAGAGGAAGCAGAGUACAAUGCGCUGCUUGAUGAUUUAGGUCCUCGAUUUGUUGGAUGGUGGGGUACAGGAAUACCUCCUGUUGAUGCUGAUUUACUUCCCCGUGAAGUUCCUGGUUACAAAACACCUUAUAGGCUUCUUCCUACGGGGAUGCGCUCUCGACUAACAGGUGCAGAGAUGACCGAUUUGAGGAAAAUUGCAAAGUCACUUCCUUGUCAUUUUGCCUUAGGGAGAAAUAGAAAUCACCAAGGCCUAGCAUGUGCUAUUCUUAAGCUUUGGGAGAGGAGUUUAAUCGCAAAGAUUGCUGUUAAACCCGGUAUCCAGAACACAAACAAUAAACUAAUGGCCGACGAGCUUAGUACAUUAACAGGAGGUACCUUGCUGCUAAGGAAUAGAUUUUACAUUGUUAUAUAUCGUGGGAAGGACUUUGUUCCAACAGGUGUGGCUGCAGUUUUGGCUGAAAGACAGGAAUUGACAAAACAAGUACAGGAUGUUGAAGAGAAGGUGCGGUGCAAAGCUGUUGUUGCAACUCCAUCUGUGCAAGGUGAAGCAACAGCACCGGCUGGAUCUUUAGCUGAGUUCUAUGAGGCCCAAGCUCGUUGGGGAAGGGACGUAUCUUCUGAAGAACACGAGAGGAUGAUAAAAGAAGCUACCAAAGCCAAGAAUGUUAAGCUUGUCAAACAAAUUGAACACAAAAUCUCUCUUGCUGCGAACAAAUUGCAUAGAGCAGAAAGGCUGUUAGCCAAAAUAGAAUCAUCCAUGGUUCCAGUUGGUCCUGAUUAUGACCAGGAAACAAUCACAGAUGAAGAACGAGUGGUGUUCCGCCAGAUUGGUUUAAGAAUGAAGGCAUACUUACAACUUGGUAUACGUGGUGUUUUCGAUGGUGUCAUUGAGAACAUGCAUUUGCAUUGGAAACACCGAGAACUUGUUAAAUUAGUAACAAAACAGAAGAAUCGUGCUUUUGUCGAAGACACAGCUAGGUUACUGGAAUAUGAGAGUGGUGGAAUACUCGUGGCAAUAGAGAAAGUUUCAAAAGAAUUUGCUAUUAUUUACUAUCGUGGAAAAAAUUACAAGCGGCCACUCACUCUAAGGCCUAGAAACCUUCUAACAAAGGCAAAGGCAUUGAAGCGUUCUGUAGCCAUGCUACGCCAUGAGGCUCUGAGUAACCAUAUUACAGAAUUGGAAACAACAAUAGAACAAAUGAAACAAGAACUCGGUCUUUCGGACGAUGAAUUAAGCAUGAAGGAAGGGCAUGAAAACCAACUAGAUUACAACUCAGAAUUCUCUCAGAGUGAGGAUGACGAAGAUUCUGAUGGUUUUGAUGACGAGGAAGACACACCGAUUGGGAUGACGAGGAGGACUGAGUUUUCGGAACUCGACGUCGAUGAGCAUCCUUGAAGGCUAGUUGACAUAUUUUCCUUGAAGUUUCAUGAUGACGGCUGCCAUUACCAUCAGCUAGAUUGGUAUCAACUUUGCUAUUUGAUUUUGAUCACAUAGCUCAUAAGUUUUCAAAAGGUUGCAACAGUUAAGGGAUAAAUAUCUCUUCGGUUCUAGGAUUCCGAUGCUUUAGGAUAAUCAGAAGGCAUGCUUACAAUGGUGCUUAAAUUUGUACAUUCUUAGAGGUGAAGAAAAUAUGGAGUUUUAUUUUCAGAGUUCUACAAAACUGUGCGUACGACUGCAAAAUUCAUCAUCAAUUAAAUGACCUUAUUCCCACUGGUUUUUCAUUUGAUUGACAGUUAUUCUUUCACUGUUUUUUGAAAUAGUGUCUUAUAGGAUGCUAGCUGAAUUUUGAGUAGCAUAAUGGACAAACACUAUGUUGUAUACUGACCUCAUUGUUGUUGACAUGAUUAUUGUAAAGUUUUCUUCACAUUGUAAUAGGCUGUACUCAUUUAGGUAGUUCAAAAUGGUAAAGGAUGUUGCACUCUUGUACUCAAGACUUGUUUGGAUUGACUUAUUUGUGUUUAUCUACUUACAUAAACACUUAUAUAC